AUGUUAAAAAACUCUGAAACUUCUAAUAUGCUUUAUAAAUUCACUCCACUGAUCAGAAAUGGCAAAAAAGAUAUGAUAAAAAGUUAAACUAGCAAGAAGAUUCGGUUAAUUCCUCUAGGAGCAUAUAAUUUCGGAGUCUAGCCGUUCUAAAGCAAAUGCUUCUAGUUUCAAUGA